GCGCGAGAGGCGUUGUGUCUUUUCUUCUUAGCGCCAUCUUGUCGACUUCCAUUGCGCCAUGAGAGCCAAGUGGAGGAAGAAGCGAAUGCGUAGGCUGAAACGCAAGAGGAGAAAGAUGAGGCAGAGGUCCAAGUAACCAGACUGCUGACCACGGAAGCCACAGGAGCAGAGAUGGAAUGACCCUUGGUGACAUACUCAGGAAGGCAGAAACCUUUGGGAGACAUCACCCCACCCUACGAAGGACUCUACUAGAUCUACCACCAUCUGAAGACCUCCCUGACAAAAGGACAUGCCAUCAUUUAAUGCAGAUUCCAUCUAUCUGCCUCUUGACUUUGUGCCAUGGGACGUUUGUCAUUCCGGACUGAUUAUUUUCUUUGUGGCUUAAGUGUAGCGCGCCUGUAUAAUAAAUCCUCACUACUUUCUUGUUUGAAAAAAAAUGAGCAUGUGUGUUAUUUCAAGGUCUUUCUUUUCUAUUGCCACUACUAUUGCUGAGGGGAUAUAAAGGAGUUAUCACAGGGAGUUGACGUGAUUGAAUGUUUAUUUGAUCACAUCUUUAUCUGAAUACGUCUGUGUUCCUCUGCCCUCGUAAGAUGUAUGGCUGGCUCUGCAGUGAGUGCUAGGUAAUGAAAAUGGACAUCAUGAGUUGAGAUGCCGGAGUGGGAAGAGGAACUGAGUGGAAUUGUGGCUGGAACGGGGGAAAAGCAUUAAAAAGUAAGCGCCUCCUGGCAUUUUAGGAGGGUGGGGCAUGGUGGCUGUGGUUAGGUUAGAACCCAAGGUUGCAUGGGGUGCGCGUUACUUCCUGGUUCUCGGGCCGCGCAAAGCGUUCUGUUACCAUCGUAACGCGCGGAGCCUGCUGGGAGCUUCCUGGGGCCGAAUGCGCCACUACGGCGUCGAUCGAGUUUGGUUCCGGGGCUGGUUCCUAGAGCGUCGUCGCUUCCGUAGGAAGCGGAAGUGCCUCUGGGUGGGCGGCUCUUUGUCAGUCGGAGGAGCCGGCAGGCGGUACUGGCGGCUGCGGCGGGGACAGCGGCGGCUCUGGCUGCAGGUAGGAAACAGAGCAGAGACCCUGGAGCCUAAGGGACCUGGCAUCCUAAGUCAAGACUUCAGAGUGCACACCCCAAAAAUCCUGCUACCCUAUUGGACUCUGCAGCUUCACGGAAACCCUUAGGCGUCCACUAAGGCUCUGUCACCUGCUCAGAUCUCAUCAGUGAUGUGGAAGUGGAUACCUGCGACAGCCCCAGACUUUACCUGAGAUAACUUAGGGUGGCGGAAAAGGAAGAAGCCACUCAUUUGGAGUGGGACCAGAAUGCCCGACCGAGACAGCUACACCAAUGGCACAGGGAGCAGCAAUGGAGGCUCUGGAGGUGGCGGCAGCGAGGAGACCAGUGGAGCUGGGUCAGGAGCCAGUGCAGGCAGCUCAGAUGCUAUCUGCCGGGACUUUCUGAGGAAUGUGUGUAAGCGGGGCAAACGCUGCCGUUACCGCCACCCAGACAUGAGUGAGGUCUUCAACUUGGGGGUGAGCAAGAAUGAAUUCAUCUUCUGCCAUGACUUCCAGAACAAAGAGUGCAGUCGUCUGAACUGCCGCUUCAUCCAUGGCUCCAAGGAGGAUGAGGAUGGCUACAAGAAGACAGGUGAACUACCCCCACGACUAAGGCAGAAAGUGGCAGCAGGCCUGGGCCUCUCUCCAGCUGACCUCCCCAAUGGCAAAGAGGAGGUUCCUAUCUGCCGGGACUUUCUCAAAGGGGAUUGUCAGCGUGGAGCCAAGUGCAAGUUCCGCCAUCUACAGCGGGAUUUUGAGUUUGAAGCUCGGGGUGGGGGGGGCACUGGUGGAGGGGGUUCUGCAGGUCCAGCUCCCACCAACCGUCGCCAUGAUCUUUAUGACACAUAUGAUCUUUCGGACCGGGGCUUUGAGGACCAUGAGCCAUGCCCCAAACGUCGUCGGGGAGGGGGUGGGUGCCCCCCAGAUGGUUCCCACUUUGAGACAUUUGAGUACAGCCUGGCCCCACCCCGGGGAUUGGAGUGCCGUUUGCUAGAAGAAGAGAAUGCUAUGCUCAGGAAGCGGGUGGAGGAGCUAAAGAAGCAGGUCAGCAACUUGUUGGCCACCAAUGAAGUCCUGUUGGAGCAGAAUGCCCAGUUCCGUAACCAGGCCAAGGUCAUGACCCUGAGCUCCACAGCACCAGCCACAGAACAAACGUUGGCACCAAGCGUGGGCACUGUCACCAACUACAACCAUGGAAUUGCCCAGACACACACCACACUCAGCAGCCAGGCCCUGCAGCCUAGACCUGUGUCCCAGCAAGAGCUUGUAGCUCCUACAGGUGCACCCGCUGCCCCACCAACUAAUGCAGCACCUCCCACAGCCCCUCCACCACCACCACCACCCCCUCACCUGAACCCAGAGAUCGCACCACUCUCAGCUGCUCUGGCCCAAACAAUUGCCCAAGGCAUGGCCCCUCCUCCAGUCUCGAUGGCCCCUGUGGCAGUGUCUGUCGCCCCUGUGGCUGUUUCAAUGGCCCAGCCGCUGGCAGGAAUCACAAUGAGCCACACCACUACCCCCAUGGUGACUUACCCUAUUGCCUCACAGAGCAUGCGCAUCACUGCCAUGCCACACUGACCAGGUCGCUGGACACUUAUCUGAUACUUCCUCCCUGGCAAAGAGGGUGGGAGAAGAGGGCUUGUUCGUCUCUUCUCUUCGUGUGCAUAGAAAGGAGCUCAUGAGAGAAUGAGGAUAGCAGACCUACCGGUAUUGAUUGGUGUUCUAGAAAAGGUGAGGGAAGGUUAGAUUUUCCCCAGCCUCCCAAGACGCGCACCUUUACAGCUUCCCUCAGUCCAAGCCAGAGGAACCUAACAAGGGAGCAAGGGACUCUCCUGGCAGCCUGGGAGAGUCAGGGAUGACUGAAGGGCUUUUGUGUUCCCAGAAACACUUGGCUCAUGGGCUGUUGAGCUCUCAGACACUGCCCUCCGCUCUGCUCUCCCCCAUACCCAUGGCAUAGACUAGCACUGAUUUUUUGAAAGUGAGCCCAGACCCUGUAAAGGGAGGGUAAUUGGGGUCAAGGAAAGUCAGAAUAUGGAGCUUUCAGACUCAGAGACUUCGGCCCUUUCUUGAUGUGAGGAUUCCUCUGGGCCCAGGGUUGAGGAGAGGAAUACCAGGAGGCCCUAAUGUUUCAGGGCAGUGGGCCAGGGAAUUGUUAACCCAGGUGGGGUUAGGAGUCCACAGAGCAGGACCCCACCAUUUUCCAAAGAAAUAAAAUAAUUAUUUUUAACAAAAGGAGGCACUGGAGACUUACUGGGAGGUUAUGUGUGUUGGGAGUCCUGUUUUAAAAUCUG